UUGGGAAUUCCGUCUGCGAUAGUUCCACGGGAGGGACAUUCAAAACAAGAUUAGUUAGUAGGGCACCGCGCCAUGAAGGCAUUCAGAAUGCCACUCCUUCUGCUACCAUAGUAUCAGCAAGACACCAUGAGAAAAUUCCUCCUAUUGUUUCGUAAAAAGAAACGUCCUCUCGUAAGGGGUCUGACGUUCAAGAGCACAAUUGACUUCCGCGAGCAUUCCACUUUUGUGAACAUAGGGAUGGAGGAUCUUGUUGACGGAGCGGACGACGCUUGCGAGGGUCACACCAACCAAAGGGUUACCGCCUUGUUCACAGCAAUUAGGCGUCAGGAUGUAGAGGAAGUGGAUAUGCUGGCGUGCGAUGCCACGCCAGGAUCUCUAGAAACUACUUGUGGAGGCCUCACUCCACUUCUUAUGGCCUGUCACCAACGCAACCUGCCCAUUCUUAAACUUCUUCUUCAACAUCAUGCGCAGGUGGAAGCCAAGGGCAGUAAUGGCACCACUCCACUGCAUACUGCGAUCUGUGAAGGCUGGAACGAGGGUGUCGCCGAGCUACUGAAGUAUGGAGCAUUACCUGAUCUUCGGGAUAUCUCUACCUCUUCAUCCACCACGGCUGUGGCGAACUCUCCCUUGAAAGCUGCUGUCAGAUCCGGCAAUGUUGCAGCACUUAAGUUAAUAUUCGAGCAUUAUCCAAACUUAAGUGUCACGGAUAGUGAAGAGGGUUCUCUUCUCCACUUGGCUGCCCACUCACAUCAACCACUGAUGGUGAAAUAUUUGCUAGAGGAAAAGAUAUCAGCAGAAACUUUGAAAUCUUGUAAUCAGAAAGGUGACACUGUAAUGCAUUCAGUCUUCCAUAAGAGGAGCAGAAACAAGUAUGAAAAGUCCCAAAUGGAAAUCCUCAGAAUGUUUUUGGAGGCUCAUGUUGAUGUGAACUCCAAAAACAAAGCUGGAGAGACACCCCUCUUCUUGGCCACUCGUGCAAGACUCUCGCAAUGCACGGAACUCCUGCUCUCUUCUGAUGCUGAUCCAUUGGCUAGGACAGAAUCAGGACAGACGGUGAUUCAUGGUGCCUGCCUUGGGGGAUGUGCUGUCACCCUCAGUCUUUUGCUGAAAAGAUGUCGCCUUGCUCACCUUGUUACACUUCCAGACAAAGAUGGUGUGCUUCCAUUUCACUGCGCUGUUGGAAGUUAUUCCAUUGAUUGUUGCCAGAUACUGUUGAUGAACGGUGAUCACCUGACACACCGUGAUGGUGAUGACACUUCUCGCUGUUCCUUGCUUCUUCGGCACUUCCCAGAUACCUCCUCGCAGCUUUUGGAGCGAUUGUUCAGUUCUCGCAUCACUCUCUCUGAUGACCCUCAGUAUGAUGGAAAUUUUCGUGUCUUCUUCGAUUACUCUGAUAUUCUGUCUCAGAACAAAGGUGACAUUCAAAGUUCCUUCUUAGAAGAUAUUAACUGUUUCCAAAAUGACCUGCUCCAGCAUCCGCUGAUUGAGAGUUUUGUGCAUCUCAAGUGGCUGAAAAUUAGAUUCCUGUUUUAUACCACCUUGAUGUCAUUUUUUGUAUUCAUAAUUAUUCAUACAGCUUACAUUAUAGGCAUAAGCAGCAAGUGCUCCCAGAUAUGUAUGCAUUUUUCAAAUUUAUUGGCAUUUCGUGUAUUACAUCUAGUUAUGUAUCUUCUCAUUUUGUGGCCAGAGGUAAUCACCAUGAUUGCCAAUCCCAGAAUGUACUUACGCCACUGGGAAACACUUACAAAAUUUGUGUCUCUGAUUGCAUCUGCAUAUGUUGUGACUGCACACCAACACACAGUUAUGAAUCUGGAUAUCAGUCAUACGAACAUCACACAUUCACCUGAGGAAAGUGCAGAACACGCAGAUCCCUCUACUAAUUUCCAUCUGAGAAGGGAGAUCAGUGCAAUAUCAGUUUUCUUUGGCUGGGUUGAACUGAUGAUGAUGUUCGGGCGACUGCCUAUCCUGGGCUCAAACGUCCUCAUGUUUGCACGUAUCGCCAAGUCAGCCAUUAAGUUUAUUGCUGCCUUCAUUGGCCUCCUUGUUGGAUUUUCUGUCAGCUUUAUGGUUCUCUUCAGUGAGAUUGAUGAUUUCAAGACAUUUGGGAGAAGCUUCGUAAAGACACUAAUGAUGAUGAUAGGCGAGGUGGAUUACUCAAACUUGGUGAACGAAAACACGGCGAUUAUUAGUUAUCUGAUUCUUAUGGUAUUUCUUUUCCUGGUAUGCAUUCUCAUGGCCAAUCUUCUCAUAGGCCUUGCUGUCGAUGACAUCACCAGCUUACAACGUAUGGGAAGCAUUGCCAGGCGCUCAAAGCAAGCAUCACACAUUGUCACUUUUGAAAAAACGGUCGCUGUUGCUAAAAGAUUUCGACUACUUCCCCGUCGCUUAGUAGUUGCAUUGAUGAAAGCAAAUACAAUAGAUCCAAAAAAGCAUAUAUACGUUAAUAAGAAUCGGAAACGAUUCUUCUUUUGUGAAAAUAAUUAUGUUCCAUCAGAAAUCUUAAAGAAAGCUGUGGCUGAUGCCAAAGCCAAUCACAUUUCCUCUGAGGACUCCCCGGUAUUUUCGGAGAAGGCAAUACAUGAGGGAACCUCAAAUUUGUUGCUUCAAAAGCUGGAGGAUCUUAAGAAAGCAAUUACUGCCAAUAUGAUAAAUACACUACCAAUUCAUGAGCCCAGUGACAGCCCAGUAAACAAUGUAAAACAAUAUGACUAAAGGCAUCUUCUUCAGUUCUCACAAGGGGUUAGAAUUUUAGCUCCUCGGAGCUUCCCCCACUUGACCACUGAAGAACAGACCAGAGGAGUUGACUGACUUGCUGCCCAAGGAAAAAAAGUGUCGUACAGUUCAUUGGUACACAUUGGUUAUUCUUGUUUAAUAGUGGUUACAUUUAAAGAACAGGCAUAUAGUAAUAUGUCAUAGUUUGGUUAGGACAUUCUGAGUCAAAAUUAUUCCUGAUGUUAGUCAAAUAUGACUAGUAAAACUUGCUGCAUGGUAUUGUACAUAUGGCAGUUAUGAAAUGAAAUGUCAAAGCAUCUCUUUGCUGGUAUUUUCACACUAUUUCUGUGUUUUAGGUGCGUCCUUCUCUUAGGUAUCUAUUAUUAGUGAUUAUGGAAUAGAGCAAGGGGAAACUGUGAUGCAGGGAGCAGGUCUAGCAGCUCUCCAGAUCACAGAUCAUUCAUAGGGGUGAGAGCGAGGUCCCUUGCCCCGCUGUUCAGAUUCAGCCAUGUUAAGGGAACGUUCUAUCCCGUGUAUCGCUCCUUCAGACCUGUCCUACUUCAUCACCUGUGCAAAUACAAGCCACUCUUCAGAGCAUUCCAGCGUGAAUUGGUUGUAUCAGUCAUGACUUCACGCUGCAUUAUGGCACUGUACCUGAACACAAUGAUGUAUUGGAAAUUGUAGCCCGAGAUAGGAAGGCAAUCAUUAAGGCACCUUUACCUACCCUGCCAGAAUGCCGCUCGCCGCUGGAAGGCUUGACUGUUCCACGAUCAUUGUAACCAAAUGUUACUAUUCACUUAAUUUGAAAUAAUGCAUGACUGACUUGUAUGCAGAUAAUUUUGUAUGUUUGAGAUUUUAUUGGAAACAAUGCACGCACAUAGGCUUGUUUUCGCCAACAUGUUUGCAUUGCUGCGCGCGAAGCACAAAGUAACUGCCAUCUAUGUAGGUAAGUUUAAUUUUAUUUAUUUAUUUAUUUUUUUGGUGACUUGGUGGAAAUUUUUGUACAUAUGUUUAUUUACCUAGUUGAGCUUUACAGGCCCUGCGCUAUAUUCACUUCGUGGAUAUCUUUUUUUUUUUUUUUUUUACAUGUUGUGGUACCAAAGGCUUUGGUGCUUGCUAAUUACUUUAUUUGGAAGAUGCUAAUCUGCUGCACUGUUUCUAUCAUUUUUUGUAUUAUUCAUACCUAAUAUUAACAAACUAUCUCAUUUAUAAAUGAAAUAAAAUGCUGCAGUGAUCUCUCUAAUUUAGUAUGCAUUGAUACAUGGAAAACCAUUAUUUCACUCAGUACAUGAUUACUGACACAUGUAAGUGAUACCUGUCUUUCUUUUAUUGCUGGCAAAAGUUUUGGAUGAUUUCUUGCAGAACAAUUCUGCCCAAAAAAUGUUGAACUAUCUGCUACACUGCAGGUUCAGGGUCCACACGUGGAUGCUGAGGCGAAGAGGCAGUAGCUGGAAAUAAAUAUAGGUUUUAGACUUUCGUGUGGGGCUGAGAGGUUGGGAUUGCAGGACCAUAAGAUAGGGGUCAAGGGGGUACCCACUAUUGCCUGCAAUAUUAUGAUCCCAAUUCAGAAUGUUUAUGAUUUAGUAAUGCAGUAGGGGUGCUUAUCACUCAUGAAAUGGUAUUGUGCCAAAGUUUUCUCAUGAUGAAAAUAUGAAGCAAAUUAAUAAUAUAUAACAUAACAAUGUAAAGGAAAACAAUAUUACAACUAAUAUGAAUACACACAUGGGGAGUUUGGUGUAUGUAGACACCGUGAUAGGUGGUCUGGCAGUGGGUGGUAUUAUUAUAAAUAACACAGGGCUCACAAAUAUUUAUGCACUGUUAUGCAUUUUGAAUCUAGAUGCUCACCAACAAGUAAACAAGUAUGUGUACCACCCCUAUACUGGAUAUGCAUGCAGUAUACAUAUAAUACAAAAAAAAAAAAUAAUAAUAAUGUUUUACAAAAACACAGGGUUGAAAAUCUGUCAAGCACCUAACACUCAAAGAAAAAAUAAAAUUAAGUGACUGAAUAUAAAAAUAACGCUAAA